AAAAUUGUUUCUAAUUUGCUCCCUCCCUCUCUGUCUCUCUCUCUGUCUCUCUCUCUCUCUCUCUCUGCGUACUUCUCUGCACGUCUGUUUACCUUUGGGGAGCCAUUUUCCGGUCUCUUUUUCUUCUCUCUCUUUCAAUUCUUUGAAUCUUUGCGCCUCCGAAAUACCUGAAACAUUCCAACGAACAAAAAUCCCAACUGAAUAUCUGAUUGAAGUUUUUUGAAACAGAAAAGAAAAAAAAAAAAAAAACCUUCCAACUUGCCCUGUAAAUCCUUCCAAAAUAGGCCCCCUUUUUUUGCUUUUGUUAAUUCGUUGCAUUGCUCAUUCUUUUGGGGAAAAAAAAAUUCUUGGGUUUCGAAUUCAAGGACAAAGGGAUUUCUGGGUUCUUGUCUUUAGGUCGGUUUGAUCAUUUGGUGCUUCUCUGCAUGUGCAUGGUUGUUGGGAUGAUUGUUUCGUUGGAUUGAAAGGAUUGAGGCUGAUUCCUUCGGUGAAUUUCCUUCAAAUUGUUCAAAUACAAACAUAGGAGGAAGAAUUUCUUCUUCUUCUUUUUUCUGGGUUUGCUUGUUCUGAUGAAAUGAGAAGGAACGUGUUAUGGAUGUGGAAGAGUGAAUUGAGAUUCAAUGGAAGUUGGAACAGCUCAAACCAUCAUUUUUGUGGCAUUUCUAUGGGUUCUUGUAUCCAGUAACUCCAAUGGCGAUAAGAAGUUCGCAGAAGCCACCGUAAGCAUUGGAUUUUCUUUGGAUAUUCAACCAAUUCACGAUGAAACGGCAAAUGAAAAUUUGAUCUACUGUAGUAGAUACCUGAAUUAUUGCAUUCAAUGUCUUGAAAGUUUAGAACAAGUAUCUCUGACAUCAAGUAGGCAUGGGAACGGAAACUUGGAUUUUGAUCAACUAGCACUGGGGAUAAUAGAGGAGAUUGCUCCACAUUCUCCUUUCCAAGAGAAGAAGUAUCUGUUUGAGUGCUUAAGAAAGGAAAUGGUUUUCGAUCAUGAAUCUGGAGAAGACUUGUAUUCUGAUAAUUGGUUCAACAAGUGCCAGGAGCCAUUUUCUACAUGUCCCACUGUUCCGAGAAGGUUCUUAAGACAUAGAAGGCAGGAUAGGAAAAGGGUAAAGCAUGGUCAGGCUCCUUCCUCUAGAGCUUUAUCACCAGAUAAUAGUCAAGCACUUCAUGAGAAUAAGGUUCGGCUUGGUCAGGCUCCUGCCUCUAUAGCUGCGUCACCAGAUCAUAGUCAAGCACUUCACAGGAAAACGGUUAGGCUUGGUCCGGCUCCUGCCUCUAGAGCUGCAUCACCGGAUUAUAGUCCAGCACCAACUUAUUUUGUCCCAGCUAGCUCUCCCUCACCACUUUUGCAGCCACCUUCACCAGUUUUACGGCCUCCUUCACCAGAGCCAUCUCCACCACAAGGAAUCAUCAAGCCUCGUCCAUAUUCAGGUGCUUCAGAUCCUCCUCCAAAAAGACCAAUCCAUGAGAUGGCUCCUCCACCAAGACCUCAAAGUAGCGUAGUUUCUACUUUCCAAAAAUAUGAAACUGCCAUUAUAGUUGCAGGUUCGGUUGUUGGGUUGGCCCUAGUUGUUCUGCUGGUUUUCUGCUGUAUCAACAGGAAAAAAGAUCAGGUCAGCCCGGUGAACGGACAAACACAUGUAAAAAGAGAUGAAAAGCCUCUUCUUAACUUCAGUGCCAGUGAUGUUUCAGCCGCUUCUUCUCAGAUGUCUCAAAGCUUAGGAAACUAUGGUGACAAAAAUCUCAAUACUUCAUCUGCUAUUGGCAAUGGAGCAAUUGCAGUUGAUUCAUCAGCAGAAACAAAAUCGGCUACGCCUGAUGCAUCUGUAAACACUACUGGAUUAUUACCUCUUCCUCCAGGAAGAUCAGCACCUCCACCAGCAGCACCACCUCCUCCUCCACCUAAACCUCCUGCGCCUGCACCUCCACCUCCUCCAAAAGUUGUUCGUCCUCCUCCUAAUCCACCAAAAGGUCCAAAACCUGCAAAGCCUUCACCUCUUGGAGGACAUACUCCAGGAAAACCUUCUGCUGGUGAUGGGAUAGAGAUGGCUGGGGACUCUGAUGCUCCUAAGGCUAAGCUGAAACCAUUUUUCUGGGAGAAGGUUAUGGCCAACCCAGAUCAUUCCAUGGUUUGGAAUGAAAUUAAGGCUGGGUCAUUCCAAUUCAAUGAGGAGAUGAUGGAAUCCUUGUUUGGUUAUGUUCCGGCAGAUAAGGGCAAAUAUGAGCACAAUAGAGGUACAUCAUCUUCCGAAGCUGGGCCUAUGUAUAUUCAGAUAAUUGAUCCCAAGAAGUCCCAAAACCUUGCAAUUCUUCUCAAAGCAUUGAAUGUGACAACCGAAGAAGUAUGCGAUGCUCUUAAGGAAGGUAAUGAGCUCCCACCAGAGCUAGUUGAGACGCUGCUGAGGGUUGCUCCAACUACAGAAGAAGAAUUAAAACUUCGGUUAUUUAGUGGGGAUCUUUCUCAGCUUGGACCUGCUGAGCGCUUCCUAAAAGUCAUAGUUGACAUUCCAUUUGCCUUCAAAAGGAUGGAAUCGUUGCUGUUCAUGAGUUCUUUUCAAGAUGAAACUUCCUCCAUUGCAGAGUCUUUUGCUACGUUGGAGGUAGCAUGCAAGGAACUCCGAAAUAGCAGACUUUUCCUAAAACUCCUUGAGGCAGUGCUAAAAACUGGAAACCGCAUGAAUGAUGGCACGUAUCGUGGUGGUGCCAUGGCAUUCAAGCUUGAUACCCUCUUGAAGUUGUCAGAUGUGAAAGGAACUGAUGGCAAGACGACACUGCUUCACUUUGUUGUUCAGGAAAUUAUUAGAUCUGAAGGUCUGAGGGCUGCACGUAGAUUAAGAGAAAGCCAGAGCAUGUCCAGUGUAAAAACAGAAGAUCUUGCUGAGGAAUCCUCGCAGGAAUCAGCAGAUUAUCAUCGCAGCCUUGGUCUUGAGGUGGUUUCUGGUUUGAGCAAUGAUCUGGUGAAUGUGAGGAAGGCAGCACUUAUAGAUGGUGACAUCCUAGCAGGAUCAGUUUCCAGUCUUGGACAAUCACUGUUGGACACUAAGAACUUCUUAAAUUGUGAGAUGAGGGAUGUUCAGGAAGACAGUGAAUUCUGCUCCACAUUGUCGAGUUUUAUAGAGCAGGCUGAAGUUGAGAGUGCAAAGCUGCUAGAAGAAGAGAAAAGGAUUAUGGCUCUAGUUAAGAGUACCGGGGACUACUUCCAUGGAAAUGCUGGAAAGGACGAAGGCCUCCGCCUCUUUGUCAUUGUUCGUGAUUUCUUAAUAAUGUUGGACAAGGCAUGUAAAGAUGUAAAAAACCAGACAAAAUUGCCUGCUAAGACAUCUCGAAGAGAGGCUUUAGCACCAUCACCUUCCCAAGAAUCACACCAGGAGUCUUUGCCAGAUCUUCACCAUCGGCUCUUCCCAGCCAUCAAAGAGCGGCGUCUCGACGACUCUAGUUCUGAUGACGACAACUGAUCACCUGGACCUCUAUGGAUUGGAAGGUAAUCUAAACAUUAAUGAUAAUGAUCAGAAAUGAAAUGAACAAAUAUUCGGCAACCUGUGCACAGUAAACAUAUUCCGUACAGGAUUGUGUAACCUCCCUUCCCUAUGACCUGAAUUUGCUCAUGUAGCAGAAAUGAGAAUCAAAGGACAAUGGUUUGUAGUUGUAAACCUGGGUCAACGGUUAAUUUUAUAGAGGUUUUUGUGAGCAUAUCACUAUUUUGAAAAAUAUCACAUACUUUUUCAAGGGAAGUGAAGAUGAUUGUAUAAAAUUGCACCAUCCUGGAAAAAUAUAUCUGCUAUAAAAUUGGCAUCUAUGCUGUUGAUCUCCAUGUCUCUAGUUUUUAUGCUGAUAUUUGAGUAUGUUCACUCUGAACAAUCAGCAUGCUAUACCGUCAGACACUGAUUAUUCUUGAGUCGGACAUUUAAACAAUCAACCAGUAAAGUUCUUUUUGUUGGUUGUUAAUGUUAGGGUUCUGUUUUUUGCAUCUUCUGACGGAUCAAUGAGGAAAGGCACUUCUGCGACAAGCUUUGAAUAAGUUUAUUUGUGUUUUUAACAUCCAAGGUUCACAUCAUCUCCCUUUGAUGAUUCAGUCACUGUUGAUUACUGUAAUUGAUCAAUAUUUUGAGCCCUCGAGCUUCCAAGACGAGAGAAUGAAGAUGUGUAUAUUAGACGGCAGUUAGAGACAACCUUGUAAAAUCAUGUCAUGCACAAGUUUUGUGCUCUAUAUAGGCUUGCACUUUUGCUGAUAGCUGUUGAUAACCUCCAUUUUUGCAUCAGAUUCAAGAUUUUCUUGGUUUGAAGCAUUGAUCUUAUUUUCCCCCAAAAAAGGUACAUAAACUCUUGGACAAGACUGAUGAUACCUUGUAAUUGUACUGAAUUACAGUUUAUUUCUAACAGAAACCAGCAAAAGUUGAUGUAAAUAUCUCUCUACUUAUACCUCUUAUGAGCUUUUUGU